UCACAAUUAGUUUAUGCUAUUUUAAUAUUAAAAAAAAUUGCAUUAUAGAAGCUCUUAGAGUAAUCUAAUUUCUGACACUAAUCACAAAAUGAAUGAUCCUAGAUCAAAGAUGAUGAUAUCUCCAGGUUUAUUACCAACAGAAUCAUUACUAGAUUCAUUGAUUCUAAUAUCCAAUGAAGUUAGUUCAAUGCAGAAAUUUCCAUUAGUACAAAUAAAAAAUGUAUCAUCCAUGAUAAGAAGGAUCAAGCUUCUUUCAUCUUUGUUUGAAGAGAUUCAAGAAUCAGAUUCACCACUUCCACCUUCUUCAAUCCUUUGUUUCAUAGAAAUCUUUUCUGUGAUCACAAGAGUGAAGGUCUUGAUCCAAGAAUGCACAGAUGGAAGCUCUCUUUGGAGUCUCAUACAAUUGGAUUUCAUUUCAAAUCAAUUUUUUGUGCUUGUAAAAGAAAUGGGAAGAGCACUUGAUAUUCUACCUCUAAAUUUGCUUAAUGUAGCACAAGAUAUAAAGGAGCAAGUUGAUCUUUUGCAUAAACAAUCCAAGAGAGUUGAACUUGAAUUAUUCAUUGAUCCUAGAGAAGUUCAAAGAAGGGAAAAUCUUUUCGAAGUAAUGUCGAAAAAUUGUUUACAAAACAAGAAGACCAACAACAAUAAAGGGUUUAUUGAUUUUGUGAAAGUGGAAGAAAUAAUGUGUAGCAUUGGUUUGAGAACUUUAUCAGAUUAUGUUGAAGAAAUAUCAAAGUUAGAAGUUGAAGCUCAGAAUCAAGCAGGAACAGGUGGACUAAUUGUUGUCUCAAACAUAAACAAUCUCAUGUCACUUGUUUCAUAUACCAAAUCAAUGGUAUUUAGAAAUGAUGGAGAAUCAGAAGAGUGUAAGCCAAUAUCUAUGUUUUUAUACAACAAAAGUAAAAUACAUGAUAAUGAUAGUUCUUCUUCAUCUUCUUUUUCUCAAUCCAUGAUGACAGUUAAUAUUCCUGACGAAUUUCGUUGUCCGAUUUCGCUAGACCUAAUGAGAGAUCCUGUGAUUGUUUCAUCAGGACACACUUAUGAUAGAAUUUCAAUUGCAGAAUGGAUUAACUCUGGUCACCACACUUGUCCUAAAAGUGGACAAAGACUAAUUCACACUGCUCUAAUACCAAACUAUGCGUUGAAGAGCCUUGUUCAUCAAUGGUGCUAUGAAAACAAUGUCAAAAUGAAUGAGGCAAUCACAAAAAACAACAAUAGUAGCAGCAAAAGGCACAAGAAUGAGAAUGCUAUUGAUCACAUUUCAGAAAACAAAGCAUCAAAAGAUGCUGUCAAAAUGACAGCAGAAUUUCUUGUUGGAAAAUUAGCAACUGGUUCGACCGAUAUCCAAAGACAAUCCGCGUACGAGAUACGUCUGCUCGCAAAAACCGGUAUGGAUAACCGAAGAAUCAUAGCCGAGGUAGGUGCUAUUCCGUUUCUAGUAACACUUUUAGUAUCUAAAGAUUCAAGAAUUCAAGAGCAUGUUGUGACUGCAUUGUUCAACCUAUCGAUCUACGACAAUAACAAGAUUUUAAUCAUGGCGGCUGGAGCGAUUGACAACAUAGUCGAAGUACUCGAAUUCGGAAAAACAAUGGAAGCAAGAGAAAAUGCAGCAGCAGCAAUAUAUAGUUUAUCUAUGAUUGAUGAUUGUAAAGUGCAAAUUGGAGCAAGUUCUAGGGCAAUACCUGCAUUAGUAGGACUAUUAAAAGAAGGUACAAUUAUAGGUAAAAGAGAUGCUGCAACUGCAUUGUUUAAUCUUGCAGUUUAUAAUCCUAAUAAAUUGAGUAUUGUUAAAAGUGGAGCAGUUACUUUGCUUGUUGAGUUGUUGAUGGAUGAUAAAGCCGGUAUAACCGACGAUUCAUUGGCGGUUCUUGCCGUUCUUUUAGGUUGUUCUGAGGGGUUGGAAGAGAUAAAGAAUAGUAAAAGUUUGGUGCCUCUUCUUAUUGAUCUUUUGAGAUUUGGUUCUGUUAAAGGGAAGGAAAAUUCAAUAACACUUUUACUUGGAUUGUGUAAAGAAGAAGGGGAAUUGGUUGCAAUGAGACUUUUGGCAAAUCCAAGGAGUAUUCCUUCUCUUCAAAGUUUGGCUGCUGAUGGUUCUUUGAGAGCUAGGAGAAAAGCUGAUGCAUUGCUUAGGUUGCUUAAUAGGUGUUGUUCUCAACCUCAUCAUUCUUUGUGAGGGGAUUAUGGUAGGAUGUGUGUGUAAUGAGUAAUGAGAUGACAUGGUGGAUACAAAGGUGUAUAUUUUUGUGAAUGUUAUACAUGAAAAAUUGUGUUCAUUUGUUGUUGUAGAUUCUUUUUUAGGUUCAAAAGCAUUUGAAGUUAAAUUUUUUUGCUAUAUCUAUUUUGUUUAA